AUGCAGCCGUGGUCGGGCGGUCGUCGCGAGCGCUCGUCCAGCGUCGUGCUGCUGGGCAAGCUGUCGGCCAUCGUGCGACGUGGCAGUGUAUUCCAGGCCGAACCAGAGGAUUCGCGGGGCAGCAGCAGCAGCUUCAGCAGCAAUAACAGCGAGGAAAAGGAGAGCGACGACGACAGGGCAGCGCGGUGUCAAGAACGGCACGCGCGGCGCCGCAGUGUCGGCGCGACGCCCUCGAUGCAGUCGAAUAUGACCAUGUGGGAUCCCAAAACUAACGGCCGAGGCACGAAUCAACGGCUCCAGUUUUAUCCAGCGCGGCCACUGGUGGCGGCGGCGUUGGCAAAGCCGUUGAGUCAGGCGGAACUAAUGCGGAGAGCGACGCUCGAAGCGGAAAUGAAGGACUUUGGUGCUGUGCACGCUAGGUUCGCACCCUCGUCGUCGCCUCCGAACGACCAGGAAGAUAAGAAAAUGUUUAAGAAGGAUGUCAAAGAAGUCAGGCACAUGGACAACAAUGAGCAGGAGCAUUUGGAAGAGGAGGAACGGCGUGCGCACAGUACCGAGGAGGAGCUGGACGAGGAGUUGCUGGAUUUUGACUCGGUCAACAUGCCGAGGAGCCGAGAGCCUGAUGAGCGAGUCGGACGUACCUGA